GACUCGACUUUCAGACUGCACGAGGAGCUCCGGGCUGGGUUGAGUCUCUACGGUUCUCAUGGUGCGUUUAAGUGCAGUCCGCUGCUUUGAGCUCUUCAUCAGUCUCACUCUCUCGAGUCCUCGACGACACAAACGCACAACAACGGGACAACAUGGCAGAAGUAGCUCCAGCUCCAGCCGCCGCCGCGCCCAAAGCAGCCAAGAAAAAGGUGUCCAAGCCGAAGAAGGUCGGCCCCAGCGUCUCUGACCUCAUCGUGAAAACUGUGGCCGCUUCCAAGGAGCGGAGCGGCGUGUCUGCUGCCGCCGUCAAGAAGGCUCUGACCGCCGGAGGAUACGAUGUGGACAAGAACAAGGCCCGCGUCAAGACCGCCAUCAAGAGCCUGGUGGCCAAGGGGACUCUGGUCCAGGUCAAGGGGAUCGGGGCUUCCGGCUCCUUCAAGAUGAGCAAGACCACCGCCGAAAAACCGGCAAAGAAAGCCGCUCCUAAAGCCAAGAAGCCCGCGGCCAAGAAACCCGCAGCGGCCAAAAAGCCCAAAGCAGCGGCAGUGAAGAAAGUUGCAGCCGCUAAGAAGUCACCGAAGAAGGCCAAGAAACCCGCAGCGGCCAAGAAGGUGGCCAAGAGCCCCAAGAAGGUAGCAAAGAGCCCCAAAAAGGUGGCCAAGAGCCCUAAGAAGGUGGUGAAAAAGGCCCCUGCAGCCAAGAAAUCUCCAGUGAAGAAGGUCGCUAAGCCCAAAGCCAAGAAAGCAGCACCCAAGAAGAAGUAAACUGAUGUGACAAACACUUCUAUAAAAGGCUCUUUUAAGAGCCACCCAAUCCCUCCUCAAAGAGCUUUGCCUUUAUUUAUUUUUUUCAGACUUUAUAGUGUUUUGACUUCUUAAAAUUAUUUUAAUUUACUGUAUUUAAUUGAACUAUACAACUGCUGAUGGGAAAAUUUAGGAAAUCCACUAUUUUCGAGCCAACAUGAGCUUCUAAAGACCAUUUUAUAAGAAAAUAUGGUUUUACUUAUUCAAGGACAACACCUGCCGUUCUUUGAUAUCCAAAUGUUGCUCAGACUCCAGAAUUUGGCCCAUCCAUCAUCACUGAACAUUUGUUUUAAAUGGAGAAAAUGUACAUUUCAAUUAAACAUGUAUAAGAUUGUAAGAAUUAGGACAAUUCCAAGUAAAUACUGUUAUAAUACAUUUAAAAAAUAAACCCAUCAGGAAAUAGUUUGUAGACUAGGUGUGAAGCUAUUUCAACAUGGAGCAGAUAAGGCACAAAUGGCAAAACAUUCCCUCAAUUAUGUGGAGCAGAAGCCAAGAAGAAGUGAGCUGAUAUCAGUCUGAAGAACAAACACCUCUAUUAAAGGCUCAAUCCUUCCUUAAAGAGCUUUUUUCCUGCAAGACUAUUCUACAAAGAAAUCUUGUAUAAUACAUCUUUAUUAUACAAAAGCAUCCAAAUGUUGCGUAAAGUAGAAAACAUGUUUUUGAUUGUCACAGCCUGCGAAAGAGCAUCCGGUUAUUGAAACCUUUAUAUUACCCAUCUCAUGCUACAAUCAAUUUAAAUUCUAAAGGAAUAUUUAAUAUUUGUAUUGAAUAAGAGUGGCUCCUUUAAAAUGUCAAAUCCUUAUUUUUCAUUCUGUAAUCUUGCCUGUUUGUCUUCCUGUUCCCUUUCUCUGAAAGUGAAUCCAUCUACAUCAAGUGUCAAACAAUGUCUAAACGGUUUUAUGCUUCAGCUGCAGUAGUGUCCUUUCUACGCGAUACAUUA